AUGUUUUUAAUACCGGCAUCAAAGUUGACAGUCGUUUGGAUGCUAUUUACUAUAUUAGCACUAAUCGAUAGACACAAUCGUCUAAUUAAUGUCAAAAUAGCAAACAAUUUGCCGAAAAAUCAUAGCCAUUAUGACUUUAUAGUUGUAGGCGCCGGUACUGCCGGCUGUAUAGUGGCCUGUCGUUUGGCCAACGAAACUGCCGGACGGGUACUGUUGUUGGAAGCGGGCGGUACUCAACACUCGUUGAACACAAGUUUUCCGGCACUAUUAGACUCGUAUAUACUUGAGUCGUCCGUCUAUUGGCGGGUGCGUAACAAGUUUAGCAACUCGUUUAUCGGUAGCGGCAAACUAUUUGGCGGCAGUCACUCGUUAAACGGUAUGUUUUAUAUAAGAGGCAGUCGUAAUAUCUACGAUAGUAUAUAUAAUAAAACCGGUGCUCGAGGCUGGGCCUACGAUGAAGUGUUACCGCAUUAUAUAAGCAACGAGUUUAACACUGAUCCUGUAUUGAAGGACAUGUAUCACGGAUCGAGUGGACCGUUAGGUGUGACAACUCAGUUGCAUAUCUUACCGUUGUUUGUGGCCAUUGAACAGGCUCUUAAAAGUUGGGGCAACCAAGUGGUCGAUGUCAACGGUGCCAGCGAUGAAGGUAUUGCUCGACUUCAGAGAACUAUACGCAACGGUCGCCGCGAGACUACAGCCGCAGCCUAUAUAUUGAACGAUAACUCCAGGUGCCCGACAUUGUCCAUAAUGACCAAUUCGUUGGUUACUAAAUUGCUGAUCCAAUCAUCAGCCAAACAGCAACCAAAUGUUUAUGGCAUUGAGUUUAUCAAAUCGGAUAACAGUUCAGCAUAUCGUGUCUAUGCCGACAACGAAAUUAUUAUAUCAGCCGGUUCACUGAAUACACCGAAAUUGUUGCAAUUAUCGGGUAUUGGCAAUGCCCAACUUAUGACUAGACUGGGCAUUCGGCCGGUUUGGUCAGACAUACCGGUUGGUCAUAAUUUUAUGUGUCAUGUGUCGACAUUUUUAGGUUUUUCACUGAAAUCCGAGUCACCAAUUGACAAUGUUACUAUUAAUCACUUUUAUCGGGCACUGUACGGCCGUACGGGUCCUAUGACUCACAGCAAUGCACUGGUAUUGCGCUUGAGAUUGCCGUCAAUUAGCAGCACUGAUAAAGAUUAUGAUAAUAAUGAAACCAUAGAUUAUUUUGUACAAAUUGAGUUCAUAUUAUCUAAUUAUGCGGGAAAUCAAAAACUUUUAUGCAUAACAAUUACCGAUUUGGGCGACACCACAAAGGGCACACUAACAAUCCAAUCGACCGAUGUUCGGGAACCGCCGGUCGCCUAUUAUCCAUACAAAACACGUGACAAUCGGGCACUGUUGGCUGCUGUGCAGUAUGUUUUGAAAUUUGUAUCGUCAACAUCACUGAGCGACUUUGUUCAUCCUAUUCCCGCUGAUAUGGACGACUGUAAGCCGUAUAUAACCGGACCUCUAUGGCAGUGCUUCGAGUAUCACAAAUGUUUGAUUGAAAAAUCGACAUUUUUGGGCCAUCCUAUCGGUACGUCACCUAUGGGUGCUUCGGAUAGUGCGGACACUGUUGUUGACGAAAGAUUGCGUGUAAAAGGUGUGACCGGUUUGCGUGUUGUCGACGCAUCCAUAUAUCCCAACCAUAUUAACGGCAACACAAUGGCUGCCGCUAUACUGGCCGGUGAAAAGGGCGCACAUAUGAUCAAUUGA